ACAUCAAACUACAUGAGCUCAUUACGCAGAGAGACCAACAAGUGUUGACAUAAGAAGAAAAAGAUAAAAGCAGAACAUGUUAUGAUGGUCUUCUGACCUGCGGUGCUCACUGGUCAGAAAGAGAGGUGUGUUCAGCUGAGGUGUGCUUGCUCUGGUUCCACAGCUCUUUGCGGUUUGGUUUUGCUUGUUACGCUGCUGGGAACAUGUCGUCUAUCUCUGUACCACCACCAAAAUGUCUGCAGAAACCUCUGACAGUUCCCUAUCGUCACAUGUUUGGACCGGGACCUUCAAACGUCCCUUCACGCAUCUUGGAGGCCGGUGUCAACCCUGUCAUUGGACACAUGCAUCCAGAGAUAUUUGAGAUAAUGAACGACAUCAAGAGUGGGAUCCAGUAUAUGUUCCAGACUCAAAACAAAAUGACUCUAGCUGUGAGUGGCACCGGCCACAGUGCUAUGGAGUGUGCCAUCUUCAAUGCAGUGGAGCCCGGGGACAGCGUGCUUGUAGCUGUGAAUGGAAUCUGGGGAGAGAGAGCAGCAGAGAUGGCAGAGAGGAUAGGUGCGAGAGUAAACACUAUUGUGGCUCCUCCUGGUGGCUGCUUCACUAUUGAAGAGAUGGAAAAGGCUUUAUCCAAACACAGACCUGUGCUGCUCUUUGUGGCACACGGAGAAUCUUCUACGGGAGUCUUGCAUCCUUUAGAUGGCAUCGGACAGCUGUGCCAUAAGUAUAACUGCCUGUUUCUUGUUGACUCUGUGGCUUCAAUUGGAGGAGCCCCCGUUUACAUGGACCAGCAAGAGAUAGAUAUCCUGUAUACAGGCUCCCAAAAGGUUCUGAAUGCCCCACCAGGUACAGCACCGAUUUCCUUCAGUGAGAGAGCAUGCCAAAAAAUCUUCAGCCGAAGGACAAAGCCCGUGUCAUUUUACUUGGAUUUGAGUUGGCUGGCAAACUACUGGGGAUGUGAUGGGAAGCCAUCAAGAGUAUAUCACCACACGGGUCCUGUCACUGCUUUUUACUCUCUGAGGGAAAGUUUGUCUGUCCUUGUUGAAGAGGGUUUGGAGAAUUCAUGGGAACGACAUCUGAAGGUAGCCGAAUAUUUCCAUGCUGGCCUGGAGAGCAUGGGUCUCAAGCUUUUUGUCAAAGAAAAGCGUCUGAGGCUGCCUACAGUCACUACAAUUGUUGCUCCUUAUGGAUAUGACUGGAAAGAGAUCACAAGCUACAUCAUGAAAACACACAAUCUGGAGAUUUCUGGGGGGCUCAGACCAUCAGUUGGUUUGGUGCUCCGUGUGGGACUGAUGGGAUGUAACAGCAGCAGGGAGAACGUCGACAUGGUGCUGGCAGCACUGAAAGAUGCUCUGAAACACUGUCACAAGAGCAAAGUGUAACACGUGUCUAAUGCUGUAAAGAUCAUUUUCCCAUAAGGAAGAAAUGUGGUGCUCGUGUGUUGUGCAGUUAAAUAUUGGCCAUUUUUAAUAUUUAGAGUAACUUGACACGACAGUCUCUGUUAAUGAGAAACAACCUAUUCCACCCCCUCCCAUCUGCUUUAUGGUCUUUUGUUUUUGCUGUGUUCAUUCACAAAACAAACCAAUGUAUCAAUAGGCUAUAAUUUUAAAAAAUAUAUACCUAAUUAUGUAACUAAGAAUGAAUAAUUUCAGUCUUUGUGUCAAAGGGAGUGGAACAGAUUCUUUCCCUCCAUACUAUCAGAGUAAGAAAGGUGUUGAAUAUCACCUUUUACAGGACCUAUGGGUAUUUAGCUAGAAUGUUUCGGUUAUUCACGUCCCCUUGGAAGUAAGAUUCACUACAAAUCAACAAAAAGUUCUAAGUGAUCACCUUCAUCCUGAUGGGAGUGGUCCCUUCCAGGGUGCCACCGGACACAAACGCACAAAAAAGGGAUAGCAAACGAUAAAAAUAUAUAGUCUUUAUGACCUCCAGCUCUUAAAACAACUAAACAGUUAUGUGACAUCUUGUAUUUGCUCUCCACCACCAUCAACAAAACACCAAAUCUGGGAAUAACUUUUAAAACGACAUCCAGUAGACUAUCAGAUACCUGGAGAGUCAAUGCCAACUCUUAUAGAAGAGGUUGUCAUCUGAUUGUUUGCUGUAAUAUUGUAGUCUUUAACUUAUGUAAAGCGUUCCCUAAUAAAAAGCAUCUCAAGGA